AUGCUGCCCGUGGGUCCGGCGGCGCUGGCAGGCAGCGGCGGCGCGCCCCGGCGCGCCCCCGGUCGUUCGGCGUCGGCGCGUCGGGCGGCGGGCCGCCGGGGCCGCGCCUUCGCCUUGCGAGCGCUGCGGUUCGCGUACCGCUGGCGCAACACCUUCCGCCGCCAUCUGCCGCCACGGAGUGCGGCAAGAGCCGGCCUUCAGUGCCCGCACUGCCGCACGGUCCAAGCUCAAGAGCAACAUUUGCGCCAGCACGUGGCCAAGGCGCCACGGCAUUGGCGGCUGGCGGCGCAGCUCGGGGCGCUGGACGCGAGCGUACGGGGCGGCGGCGGGAGCAUGCCGGGCCAGGCGAGGCACUGCCUGCGGUCGUGCCGCGACGAGCGCGGCGUCUACCACUGCCCGCGGUGCGCGCGCCAGUACCGCCACAAGCAGUCGCUGUCGCGCCACCUGCAGCACGAGUGCGACCGGCGGCGCUGGCUGGCGUGCCCGCGCUGCCCGCACCGCACCGCCAGCGCCGCGCGCCUCCGUCUGCACAUGGCCGCCGUGCACCAGCUGGCCCUGGCCUUGCCGGCGCUCGCCUCGGCCUUCGCCUCGUCGCAGUGA